CUUUCAUUGUGCAAGGGGCUUCAUAGACAUCCGUAUCACAAUUGUAUUUAUUCUAUGGAUAUCGGCCACUAUAACCUGACAAUACUAGCCACUAUAAAACCAAACCAUAACCUGACGUAAUUAAAAAAACAAAAACAUUUCAUCGAGUUUUAAAGACAAAACCAACGAAAUAUUUGUAAUAUCCAAGUAGAAACAGUUUCGAGAAGAAAAGUAGUUUAAAACGAAUCAGGAGGGCAGAUAAAAUGGUUAGACGAUUUGACGCAUUAAAACUUGUGGGCGAGUGGUCAAAAAAAUAUGCGAAUCUUCCGGAUAGAUAUAUCAGACGAGCUAUGCGACAGAUUUAUUGGGAAUCACCUCGUGGCAAGCCUAAUUAUUUACCAGUUACAGUUGAAAGAAAACAGUUUCGUUUCUCCAUUUAUCGCCCAUGGACCAAUGAGUUUCAUCGUGAUAAUGCCCCUGGCCGCAAAAGCAAAUUUAUUCAUGUCGAACCUAUUAAAGACUGGAGUUUCUUCCGAGGUGACAGGGUAGAAAUCUUGAUGGGAAAAGAUAAAGGAAAACAAGGAAUUGUAAAAGAGAUUUAUCAAGAAAGAAAUUGGGUGAUUGUUGACGGACUCAACACAAAGCUACAACGUGUUAUGAAAGACAAAAACUUUCCUGGAUUAUGUAUGCUAGUAGAACAACCCUUGUUAGUAACUACACAGGUUCAAUUGGUUGACCCAUCGGACAUGCGAGGAACGUCAAUAGAAUGGCGAUACUUGGAAGAUGGACAACGUGUACGUAUUUCCACAAGAACUGGUAGGCUGAUACCGAUUCCGGUGUCCAGUGAGGAAACGAAGGAUUACAAACUUCCCAGGAUGUAUGUGGAACAACCAAAAGAUACUAAAAAAGAGGAUAUAUUAAAAAUAACUUUUACGCCCAAGUUAAAAACUUUCGAAAUGGAUAUUAUGGAUGAAAUAGGUAUCAAAGAAGAUCGUGUUCCAAAGAAAUAUUAUUGGUAUUAAUCAUUGUUAUAUACAAUUCAUCGUUAAUUAAGGUUUUUAAUGUACAACUGUAGUAUAUAAUAAAUAUAUUAUAUAAGCAAACACACAAAACAAAGAAGUUAAAACACAGUCAGUGUGUUUCAGUUGUUACACGAGAACGCAAGACAAUUUUUGCCUUAUAAUAAUGCAAAAUCGGACGCUGAAUAAGGUUGAAUUAAACUAAACCGGAUUGAUUUUUCGAGAAUUUCUAUGCCUUUAGCAAAAGCUACGUACCUAUAUAUAGGAAGUACAAUAAAAAAAAAA